AUGUUUUUUAUUUGCUCACCCGCUUGCUUUGUGUUUGGAUAUUUUUUCCAUUGUUACAGAUUUUCUAUUGCAGUUUUGGUGGUUGUUGAUAGUAAUGCCGUGGCGAGCUGGCAAACGGCUUCCUAUGCGUUAUGGGAGGCUCGUAACAAGUUAUGGGAGGCUCGUAACAAGCUCAUCUUCCAAGAGAUUCCCUUCCGUUGUGAGGCUGCAAUCCAACGGGCAGCUUCGAUGUCGCAGGUGGAUGCUUCGAUGGAGGUUCGUGAUCCUCAUGGUCCGGUGCGUGACGCGAUUUGGAGGAGACCACCGCGAGGAGUCUUCAAGGUUAAUUUUGAUGGAUCUUGGAAAGCAGAUGAAGUUUCUGGCAUGGGGAUUGUGGCCAGGAACUAUGACGGUUUGGUCCUUGCUGCUGCGGCAGAGGUUGUGGAGCGGCCCUCUACAGUGGUGGAGGCUGAGGCCCUAGCUUUCCGGUUGACGAUUGGAUUGGCUAUUAACCUUGGGUUUAGACGGGUUUGCUUUGAGACAUAUUGUCUCACUCUCUUUCAGAUGUGGAAGAAGCCUCCGGACGGGAGGAACAAUUUAGCUACUAUUUUUAGUGAUUGCUUUCAGUUGUGUCGUUCUUUAGAUUUUGUGUCUGUUGUUUUUGUUCGCUGUUCAGGCAAUGUUGUCGCAGACUUUUUGGCCAGGAAUGCCGCCUCAUACGCCGGUUUGGUGUGA